AUGGAGGAAUUUUUGCGCGCGAACGAAACUGCCGAGGAAUUUUACGCUCGGUGCACGAACCUUAGUAUGUUCGACUGCAGCGAGGAGGAGAUGCUGUGGUGUAUGAUGGGGCCGAGGAGACUGCCCUUGCUGAGGAUAGUGCCGAUUUCAGUGUUCCUGCUGCUGAUUUUCCUGACCGGGGUUAUAGGAAACGUGGCAGUGUGCGUGGUGAUCGUGCGACAUCCCGCCAUGCAUACAGACACAAACUACUAUCUCUUCAGUUUGGCAUUGAGUGAUCUAUUACUGCUUCUUUUUGGUCUUCCGAAUGAUCUCUCCGUGUACUGGCACCAGUAUCCUUACAGCCUCGGGGUUGUAUUCUGUAAGCUACGUGCACUCAUCUCAGAAGCAGCAUCGUACGUGUCAGUGUUGACGAUUGUGGCCUUCACUCUGGAGAGGUAUUUGGCCAUCUGUCACCCGCUACACAUCUACGCAGUGGCGGGUCUGCGGCGGGCUCUUCGAAUAGUUCUGGCGUUGUGGGCUCUCUCCUUACUUGCGGCCUCGCCCUUUGCCCAUUAUACUACUGUCAACUAUCACGAGUAUCCUCCAGACUCAGGAAAUGCGUCAAUGGAAUCAGCGUUCUGCGCCAUGCUGGAGCUUCCCUCCUGGUACAUCUGCGAGUUGAGCAGCUUCUUCUUCUUUAUCUUGCCCGGGCUGGUCAUCCUCUGUCUAUAUGUCCGAAUGGGCUUGCGUAUUAGGUACGUCAUGGGGUCCACCCAUAGCCACAACCCGGGUAGCCCAGGUACGCUGAAUGGUGUAAAUGGCAGCGUCCACGGAGAGGCAAGGCAAGCUCAAUCCAGAAAGAAUAUUAUUCGGAUGCUGGCCGCCGUGGUGAUAGCAUUCUUCGUGUGCUGGGCUCCCUUCCACUUUCAGAGGCUGUUCUUCAUUUAUGGCAGCAACGUGGCCCACUACCACACCGUCAACGAGUACUUGUUUUUAGCUGCCGGCGUUUUUUACUACAUCUCUGCUACCGUCAACCCCAUACUUUACAACAUUAUGAGCCAUCGAUAUCGGAUUGCCUUCAAGGAGACGCUUUGCUGUCGCAAGGUUCGACGCAAGAAGAGUCGCUAUCGAGACACGUCCAGUGUACGGGAGACCAUUGUCAACCACACCUCAGAAGGUACUCAGCUGGUGAGGGUUCGAUCUCAAAGCCACGAGCGUAGAUCUCGUGCGGAAAGACCACGACGGGCAAGCUAUUACGGGGCGGAGCCUUGCGCUUACGAUCGCUGGAAGGAACGGAGGCCUAACGGGAUAUACAGACACCCCCACUAUGAUGCGCAUCCAAGAGAGUAUCGUUUUGCAGAUUAA